GCACACGCAUGCGCAAAGCAGAGGACGCGCUACCAUUUUUUUUUUGUAGAAAAAAACCCUCUAGCUGUGGUGUUGUUUUUAUGAAGGUAGUUUGUUAGAUUACUGUACAUAUAUUUAUAAUAUAGAAUGAUCUAAAAAUGAUUUUAUAACCGAGGAAUUAACUGAACGCGACAUUUGAGCAGUGCAGGCUAACAGCAUCGGCUAGUGUUAGCGUCAUUAGCAGGAAGAGGCCACCGCGGCUCGCUUUCACUUUGGUGAGGAACAGCUCCGUCCGGAACACAGAUGGACGGAGAGGAGGAUUUCUCAGGGAAUCACUCAGAUGAUGGUAGCGGCACUCCAGUGCAGGACGAACAUGCGAUAGCGUCCGACGCUGAAGAUGAGAGAGCAGAAUCGCACCACUCUGAGGACGAGGGCAGUGACAGAGAAGAUCCUGCCUCCAGUCCAGCAGCUCCUGCGGAUGAUAGCGAAUCAGAACAUGAAGACAGAACAGGAGGAGGAGCCAACAGUGGUGAUGACGAAGAUGAUGAUGGUGAUGAAGACUCUCUUCCUAAGCGAAGAGGAAGCACAUCAGAGACAGAGGAUCCACACAAAGAGCAAGACAGUGAAUCAGAACACGAGGAGCGCGAAUCAGAACAGAAGGGGCGGAGCCAUCACUCGGACUCGGAUGAAUCGGACAGGGAGAAGGUAAAUGAGAGAGACUCUGAUGAAUCAGACGGGGAGAAAGGGAAAGAGAGAGACUCGGACGAAUCAGACGGGGAGAAGGUGAAAGAGAGAGACUUGGAUGAAUCGGACGGGGAGAAAGGGAAAGAGAGAGACUCAGACGAAUCGGACGGGGAGAAGGUGAAAGAGAGAGACUCGGACGAAUCGGAUGGCGAGAAGGUGAAAGAGAGAGACUCGGACGAAUCGGAUGGCGAGAAGGUGAAAGAGAGAGACUCGGACGAAUCGGAUGGCGAGAAGGUGAAAGAGAGAGACUCGGACGAAUCGGAUGGCGAGAAGGUGAAAGAGAGAGACUCGGACGAAUCGGAUGGCGAGAAGGUGAAAGAGAGAGACUCGGACGAAUCGGAUGGCGAGAAGGUGAAAGAGAGAGACUCGGACGAAUCGGAUGGCGAGAAGGUGAAAGAGAGAGACUCGGACGAAUCGGAUGGCGAAAAGGUGAAAGAGAGAGACUCGGACGAAUCGGACAGGGAGAAGGUGAGAGAGAGAGACUCGGAUGAAUCGGACAGGGAGAAGGUGAGAGAGAGAGACUCGGAUGAAUCGGACAGGGAGAAGGUGAGAGAGAGAGACUCGGAUGAAUCUGACGGGGAGAAGGUGAAAGAGAGAGACUCGGAUGAAUCUGACGGGGAGAAGGUGAAAGAGAGAGACUCGGAUGAAUCUGACGGGGAGAAGGUGAAAGAGAGAGACUCGGAUGAAUCGGAUGGGGAGAAGGUGAAAAAGAGAGACUCGGAUGAAUCGGACGGGGAGAAGGUGAAAGAGAGAGACUCAGCUGGAGAGGAGGACGGUGAGGAGCGGAGGAAAGAUGACGGAGAGCGGAGGAAAGCUGUGAUGCAGUCUGACAGUGAGGAAGAGGAGGAUAAGAAGCCUAAAGAUGAAGCAGGAAGUGAGCAGGAAGACGGUCCAGCUCAGCACGUUCGCUCUGACAGCGAUGAUGACGAGCAACCAGUGAAGAGGAAGAAGGCGAUUCUCUCUGACAGCGAUGACGAAGACGAGCCAAAAGCAGUGAAGAAGAGGAGGGCUGUGUCAGAUGAUGAAGACGACUCCGGUAGUGAGGAAGGCUCUGAGGCUCCUGACAAGACGGUUGCUGCUAAACUCAGAGAGCUCGGCUCGGACAGUGAGGAUGAGGAGGAGAGCAGGAUGAAGGUGGACACGGGAAAAAAAGACGAGAAGACGCUAUUCGGCAGCGACAGUGACUCGGAAAAUGAUGAGGAAGAGAAAAUGAUAGCUGACAUCUUUGGAGAGUCAGGAGAUGAGGAUGAAGAGGAGUUUACAGGCUUUAAUCAGGAGGAGUUAGAGGGGGAGAAGCAGCAGUCUCAGGCUGCAGGACAGAAGCGAGCAAUGGACGACUCGGACUCAGACGACGAUGUGGAAAGAGGAGGGAAAGGUAUGUCAUUCAUGUCUGAUUUCGACAUCAUGCUUGCGAAAAGAAAAGCUCAAAGUGGCAAGCGGAGACGGCAUCGAGACGGAGGAACCUUCAUCAGUGACGCCGAUGAUGUCGUCAGUGCCAUGAUCACCAAGAUGAACGAAGCGGCUAAGGAGGAUCGGACACUGAACAGUCAGAAGAAGCCGGCUCUGAAGAAGCUGCUGCUGCUGCCCACCGUCGUCAUGCAUUUAAAGAAGCAGGAUCUGAAGGAGACGUUUAUAGACAGUGGUGUGAUGACUGCGAUUAAAGAGUGGAUCAGUCCUCUCCCUGAUAAGAGUCUUCCAGCCCUGAAGAUCAGAGAGGAGCUGCUGAAGAUCCUGCAGGAGUUGCCCAGUGUGAGUCAGGAGACUCUGAAGAUGAGUGAAAUCGGCCGAGCCGUCAUGUUUCUCUACAAACACCCCAAAGAGUCGCGACCCAACAAAAACCUCGCUCUCAAACUCAUCAAUGAAUGGUCGCGGCCCAUCUUUGGCUUGUCGUCUAAUUAUAAAUGCAUGACCCGUGAAGAAAGGCAGCAGAGAGACCUCGACCAGCAGAUCGCCCCCCGCAGGAGACUCAGCUCAGGAGGGCAGACUCCUCGCAGAGAUCUGGAGAAAGUGUUAACAGGAGAGGAGAAAGCGUUGCGGCCUGGUGACCCCGGGUUCUGCGCGAGGGCGCGUGUGCCGAUGCCGUCCAAUAAAGACUACGUGGUGCGACCCAAGUGGAACGUAGAGACGGAUUCAAACCGGGGUCCUGUAAGAAAGAGUUUAUCACGUGUAGAUAAACAAAUGCGACGCUUCGCUGAUAUCCGUCGCCUCACGAAGACGGGCCAUGCGGUCAAGAUCAGCGUCGAGGGCAACCGCAUGCCCCUCUGAUUCCUCAUACGCAUCACUUCCUGUUUGUUCAUGUUGUUUUUCUAUGCUUGAGUACGUGUGAAGGUCCGAGACCACUGCAGGAACGAGGAAGAGGAGAUGGUUGUAGCUACACGUCUGUAAUAUAGCUGUAAUAACAGGUGUAACGUGAACCUGUGAUGUUCAGGUGUAACUUUCAUAAUAAAGACUUUCCAAAUCUU